AUGGAGUUUCUUCCUUAUCCAACUGCUGCGCGACUCGAACUCCUACCAGGUCAAGCCGGUGGACUGAUGGUUGUCACUGGUAGCAGUCUCCUGACCAGCUCCGGACCGCGAGUCCCGUUGGCUCGGCCUCUGCCUUUGCGUGCCAAGCAUCGGCCGACCUCGGCGUCGCAUCACAACUCUUUUCUCGGUCGAGGUGGUCGAAAUCGGCCCAAAUCCUCCACUCCGCCCUCCAACAAAGUCGGCCUCGUCCCGGCCACGGGCGGCAUUGUCGGAUCCACAACUUGCCCCAACACGAUGCCGCUUCACGUGUGCACCACGCCCAUUCUUCCACCGCCUACCGGUCCGAACGCGCUGCCUUCUGGCAUGGUCUCGACCGCGGGACCUCGGCGCACCGCCGCCCACCUUGGCAACCUCAAUUUGCCCAUCCCCGCGGGGCAGACACCGGCCGGUCUGCACCACCUACCGGCCGGUCUCCUCUCGCCGGGCGCCAAUUCUGCCGCGGCCAGCUCGUCCGGAGGCAGCCCUUCGGGCCGGCUGCUGGCGCCCAUCACGGCCAGUCGCACGAUGCUCUCCAGCCACCAAUUGCUGCAUGCACAUGCCAGCGCCUACACCCAUUCACAUGCACACAGUCACUGUCAUUGUCACCAACUCAUUCAUGCCUGUCUGCAUGCAGCCGGCAUGUCUGGCCUGUCUGCAGGUACCGGACAAAUGGCCACUGCAGAAGAGACGGCCUAUCCGGACAGUGAUUCGGUACCGGGCCUUGUCACCACAUGCGGAGACCAGUUGGCCAGUCAGUUCGGCCUGUUGCGCGGCAAGACGCUGCUGCCUGCGGCCGACUUGCCUGGACAAACGCAUAAUCAGGUACCAAUUGGCACCGGCUCGAUGGGCAACACCCGUCCGUCAUGUGCGAAAUGUCCAUUCGAGUACUCGACUCAGUCUAAAAAGAGAUAA